AUGGCUCAUCUCUCCCUUUACCUUCUAUUCGUCUUUGUCUUAUCAUCAAUCAGCAGCCAUGCAAUUCAAGCAGAGGCUCGUUGUCUUUUGGACGUAACUUUGCCGGAUUUGCCAAAGCCUGAUCUCCCCACUGGCCUCCCAAAACCCGAGCUACCGACAUUGCCACAACCUGGAUUGCCCACAUUAGCUAUGCCCAAUCUUACACUGCCAGAACUUCCAAAACCUCAACUGCAAACUUUACCCAAACUGGAGUUGCCAGUACCGUUGCCAUCUCUGCCAAGCCCUUGA